GACAACGUGAAAUCAACAGAAUUUGCGUGGUCCGAUAAAGAAAACCCCGACGGCAGAUUAUUUAACUUAACUGGUUUCCAUUUGGAACUCAACGCCGCUCUCAUACGUUAUGCUGAGGUUAACUUGUGGCGCCAUAAGAGAUGCUGGUCAGUUUGUCGAGGAGACAUAUUACCAUAUAGACAAGUCUUUGAAUCUAACGGUGGCUAUAAGUUUGUCGUGAGUGCUCUGUCUUUGAGGCGUCAUUCACAACCCUCCUGAGGAUGUUACGCGACUGGUUCAAGUUUAUGUUUUCCAUUCCUCGUCACGAGCCAAUGAGUAAAACGGAAAAGUUCGUUCAGUGGUCAUCUUUAUUAGUCUACUGCUUAGGCGGCCUCACAUUUCUGGCAGUGCCCAAGCUCUAUGGCAUCAUAUUGAACGUAGAAUACACCGGUCGUUCUGAAGGUUACGUACGCCUGGUCGGCCUUGGAGUUGUAGAAAUUGGAUUUCUUUUCAUAAUCUUGGCACGUUCCACUGUAAGAAUACAUCGCUAUGGAACCAUUUUGGCUUCUGUUGUUAGCCGUCUCGUUUGGGUGCCAGCGACGGGGCUCAUGUUCAUCCUCAGAAAUAUGGUCCCUUUCACGUUCGCGUUAGUCUUCAUGGGCUUGGAUGUGUUGCUUUCCCUGAGCACCCUGUUUAUAUGGUGCCGGGAAAGGGAUGGUUCCUCACUGGGAGACUUCUUAAAAGAGCUCCUGGCUCCAUUUCGAGAAUGUCACGGGAUGAAAGUAGGAGGAACCAUUACAGCCGUGUUUUUUGUGGGCCUCAUUCAAACAAUCUUUUGGUACGUGUUAGCGGUGAGACCCGAUUUUGCUCAUAAAAUGUUUGUUCUCGAUAAUUUGGAUGGGCUCGCUGGUGGCUAUCUAGCAGCGUUCCUUUAUCUGAUUUCCAUUCAUGGCCUGUACCACGUCCUUUGCGCCAAUAAUUUGAAUCAUCCCUUCGCUCUAGCCACAGUUAGCUAUCGAGUUCUUUUGGAUACUCCAGUCUCUCUUGUCUUGCUUCUUGUUGAUCAGAUAGAAAGAAAUCUCUUUCUCACGAUUAUGAGCUUCAACAUGUUCAUCUCCACCAUCUUUUUGGCGUUUCUGUCACGUGAAAGACUUACCAUUACAAACACCAGAGAAGACCCACCCGAUGUGCAAGUUCCCACCGUUACGGAAGACAAUUAAACUACCAUGACUACUUAGUAUGAUAAAGGGGGUAAGUUUCUAAAGAAACUGUGGUGCUGUGUCGAUGAGAGUAUAACAGGGUAAUUAAGUAUUAUCAACUGGGUUGAUAACGUAAGUUGGCCACCAAAAAGAGUUUCAAAGCUGACGUU